UUUCAGUCUAAUUGAGGCAAGGUUUCCACGAAUCCAACCUUGAAGAAGAAAUAUUAAGUAUGACAUUGAGAAACUAUAAUGCUAUUGCUUUACACACAUAUCGCUAUACAGUCGAGGCCAUCGUGGUAUAUUAGUGGCACACCGGUGGCUUUCCGCCUUUUGUUUCUGUCUUACCAAACUAAAUUUGCAAUAACGAUACCUGGCAAUGAGGUUUACUUCCCAUUGGCCACGCAUGUAGUCCUAUUGCCCGAAAAAGACGAUACAAAAUAGGAUACGCAGGGGAAAACACUUCCAAAUUGUUCAUCUGGUUGACCGGUUAGGAGGACGAGUAUGAGCUGAGAGGGCAACCCUUGGAAGACAUUUCAUGUUGAAGCGUCUCGUCUGACUCUAACGUUAACACGCGUAUACUCACGCGUAUAUUCCACUUAGCGAGCUUUGUUAUUUGCCCGUUUUUAUUGCGUCUGGCUUGUGCUAUUUGGUUAUCUCUAAACCUGCCCGACAGAGUAUGGAAUUAUCAAUAUGACCGCAAACUUCCGCAUUAUCCACCUUCUCCUAUUCUUCUUCUGGCAGAUAGUUGCUAUUCUUGCCUACCAAGAUGCCUCGGUCCUAGAACUAAGGAUUGUCGAGUUUACUGUGUCUCAGCCCAACAAGAGAACCCGUCCGGCUACACGUGAACGACCUAGAUUACGGGAUGUCACAACUGAGAUGUCCACUUGCGGUUACCAGGACGGCGACCCGUCAAAGCCCCGGACUGCUGAGCCGGAUUACGACUGUCGCAUUGACACUGCGGCUCAAUUAUGGGGAUUCUGUCCCACGGCUAUACGAAACCUUAGCGAUUGCGGAUUAGCUGGAGCUUGCGUAGAUGGAGAAGGUACUUUCGGAUUCGUCGGAGUCAAAUCCAUUGGCACCAUCUACUGCACAGAGAUGGACUUGGAUCGUAGUUUUUGCUCCGUUGCCCUCAUCGAUUCGGGUGAAGACCAGACCUUUUAUUAUAUAGCCUGCGGGCCAGACGCAGCGCAAAUUACCUAUUUCCCCACACCAACAGCUGAGCUCCAAGAGUCGCCAUCUACAACUAGUGAAAUAAGUUCAAGUUCCGAAAGCGCGCGGGAUGGUUUGGAAAGUACACAAGAUGGCUUAGGAGCCACGCCGUCGCUAUCAUCGCACCCAAUAACGUCCACAUCCAACCCAGACCCAAAUUCUACAACAGACCCAAAGUCUACAACUACAAGCCAGCAACUAUCCACCGAACCGACAACUAACAUAGGUGCUAUCAUCGGAGGCGUGUUAGGUGGGUUGGCCCUUGUGUGCGGUACGGUAGUGGCUGUGGUUUAUAUCCUGCGACGGAACCAGCAAAUACAAAACGGGGGUCAAGCGGGAUACGACCAAGGGGGACUCGCGCAAGACGAUAGGAAUACCACAGCACAGCUACAGCCGGACAAGCACGCUAUGAGGUAUAGCGCGGUGCCACCUUCGGAGGCUGACGACACUGCAUUGACUAGAGCUCAGAUACAGUCAUUUGAGAUGUAUAGUGCUCCAAGUUCGUGGCAACAGCAUAGAGAAAUGACAGAGUCGGGAUGACUAUAUCAGAUGUGUAUCAUUUUCCUAGCGAGUGAGCAUACCUUUCCUACGGAAGGGCCUUGGUUGUUUUAUAUUAGGUCUUGUAGAUAAGGCUUUCGAGUUCCGAACUAAGUCCUUGGGGUGUUAGAAUAGGGGGAGAUGUGGUCUGGUUAACUAUUGUUGUGUUUUAGAUACCUAGGUACCUAUUAGAAUAUAAUUUCCGAAUGUCGUUGAUAAUGUAAAGAGGUAUUAAAAUAAAACGUAGGA